UUUAGACCGAAACGCAGACGUUUUAGAAUGGGCCAUGUUAGAAUCAAGUUACUGUUAUUGGAACAGUAACCCACUAAGCAUUACCCGCUUAAGGCGCUACUAUGAGGGCAACCUUUCUUCAGAGCACCAACAACGCAAGGGAGGAGGAAGCAUGAAUUUCGCGGUGAAGGCAUGGAGCAGCGGCAAAGCUCGAACAGGAGUUCUCCAUGUCGGCAACUGCACUUCCCCAGUAGAAACACCAGCUCUCCUCCUCUCUACACGUAAAGGGCUGCCCCAUUUUAUCUCUCCUGACCUCCUUCCUUCUCUCCCUUACCCUGACUCUGCUCUUCUCCAAUUUAGUCCGCUUCACUUCUUGGAGGGCCUUUCUAUGAAAACAAUAUCAAACAUUGGGGGGCUCCAUCAAAUGCUUGGAUUAGAUGAACAUGCAUUUGCUGCUGUAGCAAGGGAUUCUGUUCAAAUUCUUCCAGAAAGUAACAGUACAAAUAAACUUGGAGCAUCUUUUGAGACUCCUUGUGGUCGCAUUUUGAUUAAACCUGUAGAAUACUUGCAAAUGAUUUCUUCCAUGAAGCCAAACAUUUGGACUACCUUGGCUGAUGAAGUACCUGCAUGGGUAUCUGAUAAGAGGAACAGGAUUUCGGUGGAUCGAACUGUAAAAUGGCUUGACGAAUGCAUUGCUCUUAGCCUGGCAGAUGGGGUUGUUUUUGGAGCUAUUGUUGGAGGGUCUAAUUUAGAUGAAAGGAAAAGAUGUGCUGAAGAAAUAGCCAAGAGAAAUGUGUCAGGAUAUUGGAUUGGAGGAUUUGGGCUUGGUGAGAGCAUGGAUGAGCGCCCUGCUUUGAUUGAUACCGUAAUUGAAAGUUUACCAGGAGAAAAGCCGCGCCUUAUCUCUGGGCUUGGACUACCAGAGGAGGUGUUGCAGGGUGUUGCUGCUGGCAUUGAUCUUUUUGAUUCAUCGUAUGUUUAUAAUCUAACACUUGGAGGGUUUGCACUUACCUUUCCACUGGACCAGAUUGAAAUGAAUUCUUCCAGUUUUCAGUCAACCGAGAUGGGAAUAGACCAAACAAAGAUUAACCUGAAAGCAACCGUUUACAGGAAAGACACAUCACCAAUUGUUGCAAGCUGCAGUUGCUAUACUUGCCAGAAUCAUACUAAAGCUUACAUCAAUCACCUCCUCAACGUCCAUGAGAUGUUGGCUCAGAUUCUAUUAGAAAUACAUAAUACCCACCAUUACCUCGGGUUCUUCCGAUCAAUAAGAGAAGCAAUCAAGGAUGGUAGGUUCGAGCAAUUUCAGAAGAUGUUUGUUCAGAGAAGACGUGAUAAUCUUGCUACAAUUCCUCUAUGUGCAUGAGUUGCCUUUUUCUCCAUCCCUUACCCCUUGUUUGGGAAGCUAAAUUUUGCAGGACUUUAAUUUAAAUGAAUUCGAUUUUGUCAAUUCUUAUUUUUGGAAUUGAGAUAAUUUACAGAAAAGAAAUGAUUUUGAAGUAUGAGACGUCAUGUAAUUUUGAGUUUUGAGUUGCAACAAUUCAGUUUAAUUA